AUGUUGUCUCUUGGUUCCAGCCGGUGCCUAGUGGCACUUCUUUUUGUUACCUCUUGUUGGUCCUUCCAGCCCGUCACUCCCGCCAACCGAAGGUCUCUGGAUAGAUCUACUUUGCUAUUUCAGUCUUCGGUGGAAGCUGCAUUGGGCCAACCCACGGAAUUACCCGAUUCUCUGGAGGAUGGUGCUCAAAUAGCCGCCAAGGCGUGUGCCGAUCUGAUUGAAGCGCAGGGAGCUCCCGGGCGAUGUCGUGUGGAUUUUGAUACUUCGGCAGGAGACGAAACAUUUACCCUCCUCAAGCAAUCUACUGAAUUUAUGCAAUGCAUGGUCACAUCGCUCUGUUAUCUACAAAUGCCAGAACUACAACUCCAAAAACAAGACGAAAUGAUGAAAGUCGUCACGGCCAAAGCGGAAUUGGCACAACUGGAGGAACAAUACGAUGAAAUAGCAGCGCAAGUACAAGCUAUGGUCGUUGCGGGGACUGCCAAUGACAAUGACAAUGACGACAACGACGACAACGACGACAAUAAUGACACUUUGGAAACCAAAAAGGAAGAAUUGUCCCAAUUGCAACAAAAAGUCGAUGCCCUCAACCAAGUCAUUGCCCGUGGAGGACGGGAUCCCGAUUUCGUCUACAACGGACCCAUUGCACGAAUCUACUUUCCGGACGAAGGAAAUGCCGCGCUUGCACGUCGCGAUUGGCUCAAUCCACCCAAUGGAGGCGCCCCCGUCGUCCCUCCGUGCGUACAAUUUAGUUCCUGUGGUGGCGUCCAAACCCACGACGUGUCCAAAGAUCAACUCGUCUUUUUCUUUUGUCCCAAAGCCAGUGAAUCGGAAUCCGUCGAAACCAUUUUGGAACUCUCGGAAACCAACGACGCCAAUAAUCUGCAACUCACCGUCUUUGUCAAUCCCCUGCUCGUUGAUAUGGGUGUCACGGGAUUUGGCAUGGCCGGACGACUCUUGCGAGAACGAUUGAUUGAUCCAUUGACCAAUGCCUACUAUUUGAGAACGCUCCAAUGGGGGGCAUUGACACGUGUCUGGCCACGAGAAUUCAGUGUUUGGCAAGAAGAUGAAAAUGAAGAAGGAGGAUAUCGCUUGAUCCGCACAUGCCCCACGCUACCGUCCAAUCCAGAAGUCGAGGAUAUCUAUGAUAUUGCCAACGGAAACAUGCAAGAAAAGAAGAGUAGUGGUAUGCUGGACUCGUUGGGUGAUUUUGUCAAUGGCAUGAUGCGGUUGUAG